AAUGCCAACGACUGGGUUCCCAAGCGGACAGCGAAGUUUUCAAGUGUUUAAGCGAAAGGCUACUUGCAGGUAUUCACAGUACAUCGUAAAGUUGAAGCACAUCGCAAUUCGUUAAACGAAAACGUGGAAACCCACUGAGUGUUAUUUGCGGAUUUUGUGAGCACGCUGCUUUGUUAUGUUAAGUUGCGCUUAAUUGUGUUUUUGCAAAUUUCGUAUACUUAGAAACACAGCUCCAAUAGUCAGAAUAUAGUUUUUUUCUUCCAGACAGAUUCUGUUUUUGUGUUUGUAUUCGCGCAGAAAAUGGAUGAGAAUACCUUCCCCUUAUAUAAAGUUGAUUCAAUUGUGCAGUUUCUCCGCAACAACGUUUUAGAUGAAAACAUUACCAAAAAUGAUAUUACACCGAUCCCAAAGCCAGAAAUCAUUCAGAGACUCUACAUGAAAAUUCUGCAUCAGGUGUUCGGCUUUCGACCUGAAUUCCACGGCAUGACCCCGGUGAAUGAAAACACGGAGUACUCUGCAAUACUGGAGGGUGUGACGCCUAUUUUCAGCGUAUAUGUUUGCAUGUGUCAGUUUUUGCCAAUGUGCCACAUCUAUGACUUCCAGCUGAAUGACAUUAUCAGUCCAAAAGUAAAACGAACCAUCUGUAUUCUGAGUGGGAUUAUGAACUUUCUUCACUUUCGAAACCUAUGUCAAGGAAUGCUUGCAGAGACCCAGCAGACCUAUAAAUCUGACGUGGAGAAGCUACAGAGCCUCCUUCAAAACAUAAACAAAGCAGAAAAGAAAGUUCAGGAGCUCAUGACAAUUCCACCUGAACAGCAGGCUCAGUAUGAAGAGCUGGCUGCUGCCCUCGCUGACCUCCAGAGCCAGUCCUGUCACGGAGCGCAGGAGGCGGAAGCUUUCAGUUCUAAAAUAACAGAACUGAAAACUGAUCACGCAGAAAGGACACAAAAGCUGAACCAAAUGAAAGUACAGGUGGCAACAUUGAAAGAAGACAUCGCUAAACUGAGAUCCCAGAUUGUGGAGCCUCCCGAGGAGAUAAAAAAAGAAAAAGAGAAGAUGAAGGAGACCGUGAAAAACGUUAGGAAAUCUAAAGAAAAAACAGAUGUGCGAUUUGUGGAGCUCCAAAUCAAAAACCAGACGUAUAACCAGUACAAAGCCGAAAUUCAGAGCGUUCACAAACUGCUGCAGGAUUUGCAGAGUGCAAUGGACGAAAUGUAUAAACAACAGGAAGAGAUUCAUAUUUUGGAUAUCUCGAACGAAAAGGCAAAAAAGGAACUGAAGAACCUGUUCAACGAGGAAAGCCGAAUGAAGAGAGCGCUUCACAUGAAGCAGGAAAAGAUACACAAGCAACGGAUCAAGAGGCAGAAGAAGCAGGAGAUGAAGGAUCAACAUGUUCAGACCAUAUUUGGUGAAUACAACCAGGUCCAUCAGAAGAGGGAGGAUAUGCUCAAUGAGAUUCAAGAAAUUAACAGUCAGACCCAGCAAUUAAAAGCUAAAAUGGACGAUUUGAAAGCAAAUUGCAAGAGCGAGACGGAUAAAGCACAGACCAUGUAUGACCAUCUGGUGACAGCACUGGAUGACUUACAGACCAACAUCAUGGACUACAUUGAAGAGAAAAGGGGAGAAAUGGAGAAAAUGAAGGAAGAUUUUUAACCUAUAUGCUGUAUCCGCACUGUUCAGUAAAGGUAUAAAGUUGUAUCGAUUCUUGGGAUCUUUUUUAGUUGUGGUCAUCAGCGGUGUAUAUAUUUUGCCAUAUGUGGAACAAAACUUGAAUAGGUAAUUAUCGUGUGUGUGUGUCUUUGUGUUUUCUAAGUCUGUCAUAAUGAUUAGUGUGAGCCUGUUGGAAAUACUUGUGAAUAAAAUGAUUGUCAGUUGAA